AUGUUGAGCAUAACGCGUUACCCUAGUAACGCUUCGCCCGACCUACCACCACCUCCACCACUCAUAAGCGCGACCGGGCAGAGCUGCUCCUACCAUCCCGGCUUUUGGACCAACACUCGCCGAGGAUACAAAUCUCUAAACUGCACUCCCAACCAAAAUCGAGCAAUGGCAAACCAGGGAAAAUACGUUCGAGCCCAGGAAGACCGCGAGCAUCCCCCAAGCACCCAUGAGCCGGAAGAAGCAAACCGCAGUGAUAUAGACGACGAAAGUAUGACUCACGAUAGCAGCAGCGAAUAUUCAGUGAGCGGAAAUGAGACCAGUGCCAGUGACAGUAGCAGCUCUUGCAGUACAGACGACGACUCUACUCGAAGUGACGACGACGAAGUACCCCCGGAGAAAAUGGAAGUUGGUGCAAGUGUUGAGGCUAACACCAAAGACCAAGCGAACUCCGUAAAAGAAAGCAGCGACACAAGUGAGCGUAUGAAACAAAUAGAAAAAGUUCUCGCGGACCUGUCGAGGACUAUCAGUCUACUCCAGCCAUCCACCACUGGUAACAGCACCUUACGCCCGGUUAGCCCCAAAGCUGAUCAUACCUGGAACUUCGCCCAUGAGCCGUUAAAUGCCCAGAGCUCGUAUACAACCGUACGUCCGGAACAUAUCAAACCUUUCCCCAGUGGUGUCCGUCCGAAUAAAAUGUGGGCUGAAUGGUUCGAUUUCAUAGAAAACUUCGAGAUUGCGGUGUCGUUGCAUAACACGAACGACCCCGUUUAUAAGGUAAAAUUGCUAUACUUGUCGCUCGGAAAAGAGCUACAGGCGAUUGUCAAAGCCACUAACCUGCGACCCAGCUUGACUGAUCCGAAUUGCUACACGAAGUUCGUUAAAAGCAUUGAAGUUCACUUGCGCUCUAUGACAGACACGGUCGCCGAACACCAAUCAUUUACGAAGUUGAAGCAAGGAGAUAAUGAAUCAGCAGUCGCAUUUCAUGCCCGCCUCAUAAGAAAUGUUAAGCUUUGCGGUUACAGUGCUAGUGACCAAGGACAAUUCGUGCGAACACAAUUGCUGAAUGGCCUAAGAAAUGAUGAUUUAGUGAAAGCAGCGCGCGUCUACGGGUACGAUACUAAUUUUAUUGUACAAUCAGCUACUCGUGAUGAAACGUUCGCUGCAGAAACGCUCGAACGAGCGCCUGACACCAAUGUAUUACGGAUUGACCAGCGCUUCGAAUCCAGUAGGAAAAGAAUCAACACUCGCCAAGAGCCCAGCUUCACAUCUGCCAAAUUUCGUCGUACGAACCUCAAUUAUGAGCAAAUGCCGCAACGCAGGGCGUUCCCGCCGAAAUGGGAAGGCGAGACCAAUUUCUCAAUUCCACGAACACAGGGACGUCGGACACGCUGCCCGAGAUGUAAUAAUGUUUACCAUAGGAACCCACAGUGCCCUGCGUUAUCCAGGACAUGCGAUAAAUGCGGAAAAAGAGGUCAUUUUGCCAUCACAUGUCGGACAGGAAGACUCGUGCAACAGGUAGCAGUGCCCUCCGAUAUCGCAUCCUUUGGUGAAGAGCUCAGUGAUGACAAGCAGAAUGUAAACGCCCUCACCUUGGCAGAUGCAACAGUCAACUGCAGUAUCGGUUCUGCAAAUCUCAUCGGGUUUCUAGUUGAUUCUGGAGCCGACGUUAACGUUCCUUACAAUAGUUUGCAUAGUUAUGCUUCCGAUAAACCAAUGCCUGUAGAAUGCACAUUUAGAGCAAUUAUCGGAGUUCCAGGAACAACCAAACCAUCAGUAGUUGCUACAUUUUACGUCGUUCCCAACGGAGCAAGAUCAUUGCUAGGCCGGUCCACCGCCCACGACUUAAAACUCCUCCAGAUAGGAAAUGCUGUGAAUAAUUUUGAGAGCGUUGAUGCUAUUUUCCCCAAGAUGCCGGGAGUGCAAGUAAAAUUUAGCGUUAACAAGUCGAUACCCCCAACUAAAAACGCCUAUUAUAAUGUUCCAGCAGCUUUCAGGGAAGCUGCUCGGGCUAGACUACAUGAGAUGGAAAAGUGCGGGAUAAUCGAAAGAGUGACGAAAGCACCUCUCUGGAUAAGCGGCAUGUCUGCCGUGUCUAAAGGCAAAUCGGACUUCAGGCUCGUGGUGAACAUGAGAGCACCUAAUAAGGCGAUAAAUAGGGAAUAUUUUAGAUUGCCUUUGUUGGACGAAAUGAGAGUCAAACUGCACGGUGCAAAAUAUUUCUCGAAAUUGGAUUUAAAAAACGCGUUUCAUCAUCUGGAGCUUAGCGAAGAUUCACGUGACCUUACUACCUUUCUCGCAGAAGACGGCAUGUACCGGUUUUCACGACUAAUGUUCGGGGUCAAUUGCGCUCCCGAAAUCUUCCAACGAGAGAUGGUUCGUCUAUUUGCUAAUAUAAAGAACGUGAUAAUUUAUAUAGAUGACAUUUUGAUCUUUGCGGAAAAUCUGAAGAAAUUGCAACAAACCGUUAGUCAAGUGCUACAAAUACUACAAGACAAUAAUUUAACGCUUAAUGUGGCGAAGUGCGAAUACAACAAGACCAGUAUAAAGUUUUUAGGACACCAGUUGGACGGUGAUGGGUUCCACGUUGUUGAAGAGAAAAUAAAAAGUGUGCGUAAUUUCCGAGAACCUACCACAAUUUCGGAGCUGAGAAGCUUCUUAGGCCUUGCGUCCUACGUCAGCUCGUAUGUGGGAAAUUUCGCUGAAAUAUCUCGCCCGUUGUGGGAAAUCGUAACGAAGAAAACGUGGACAUGGGACACACAGCAGAAAAAGUCAUUCGAGCUUAUUAAACAGCGCAUACUACACUGCACAACGGCUCUGGGGUUUUUCUCGGAGAUCGACAAAACUAUUUUAUAUACUGAUGCUUCCCCUAACGCAUUAGGUGCCGUACUGGUUCAAGAGAGCAAAACUUGUACCCCUAGAAUAAUCAGUUUUGCGUCCAAAGCACUUACGGAAACCGAAAGGAAAUAUGCCCAGAACCAACGCGAGGCACUCAGUGCCGUUUGGGGAGUUGAGCACUUUUCUUAUUUUCUUUUGGGAAGGCAUUUCACACUCCGCACGGACGCGCAAGGUGUAGCGUUUAUCCUCAACAGAGCACGGGAGGAAUCCAAAAGGGCUUUAACUCGAGCAGAUGGCUGGGCGCUCAGAUUAAGCCCGUAUAGUUACGAUGUGGAGUACGUUCGUGGACAGGACAACAUUGCAGAUCCGUCAUCUAGACUAUACAAUGGCAAAGACGAGGCUUUCGACGACGAAACCAGCCCUUGGGAAACUGGAAUGUUAGAAGCGAACUCAGUUGAAAUUCUUACCGAUGAUGAAAUUGUACACGCCACGUCACAUGACGAGACGCUUCAAUUGGUUGUAACAGCAUUACAAAGCGGGGAUUGGUCAAAUGUGCAUACCAGUUACCGGAAAGUUCGAGACGACUUGUCCGUUCGCGACGGCAUAAUCGUAAAAACUGGAUGUGCUGUUAUACCACCAUCGCUGCGAGACAAAGCCUUAAGAGUUGCACACGAAGGUCAUCCCUCUAUAGCGAAAAUGAAAUGCAUAAUUAGGCAACGAGUUUGGUGGCCGGGAAUGGCGACCAAUGUGCAAAACUGGGUGGAAUCUUGCGAAACUUGUGCAACAAAUGGCAAACCGGAAAAAGCGACUCCCAUGCAAAGAGUGUUCAUUCCGAAAGCCGUAUGGGAGACAAUCGCAAUCGACUUCAAUGGUCCGUAUGUCCUACUCGGAGGAAUUUCGAUUCUUGUCAUAAUCGAUUACAGAUCAAGAUUCCUUUUCGCGAAACCCGUAAAAUCGACUAGCUUCGAGAACACAAGGAAGGUGCUUGAUGAAAUAUUUGAAAAGGAAGGAUACCCGAAAAACAUCAAGUCGGAUAACGGACCCCCGUUCAAUGGCGCAGAAUACAGAGAGUAUUGCGUACAACGGGGAAUAAAACCGAUAUUCUCCACGCCUCUUUUUCCACAGCAGAAUGGGAUGGUCGAAAGCAGUAUGAAAGUUGUAAAUAAGGCGAUUUCUGCUGCUAUUUCGAAUAAAACCAAUUAUGUUAUUGAGUUACGCGAGGCAUUAAAUGCUCACAAUUCUGCAGCCCAUAGUGUAACACAGCUUCCACCUGAGGAAAUCAUGGUAGGGCGAAAAAUUAGACGUGGUUUGCCACUUAUAAUCCGGGGAAAAUCGCUUAUAGAUGAUGCACUCUUGGACCAGAGAGAUCGGAAAGCGAAGCUUGAAGGAAAGCGUAGGGAGGAUAUACGCCGUGGGGCGCGUGAAUGCCGGGUUAAGGUCGGUGAUACCGUUAUCAUCCAGCGUCAACUUCGCACUAAAGGGCAGUCCCGAUUUUCGCCAACAAGAUACAGGGUCACGGGAGAAAACAACGGAAGCUUGGUACUCCUCAGUGAAGAUGGUCAAAUCAUUAAACGACAUAUAACGCAGACGAAGAGGGUGUUUCCCUGGAAAAACCAUCGCCAAACUAUCGACGAGAAAGGCGUGAAUCCAGGCAACGCUACUGCAGCAGGUGAUCGUAAAUCCAGUCGAAUAAAGAAGGCCCCAGCGUACUUAGAUAAGUACGUCCGACCAAUAGAACAAUAA